GACACCUAUUGGCUCAUGUGAGGCUGGACUACAAACAUGACACCGAAUUUGUAGUUCAUCAACUAGGAAGCGAGAGUCGGAAAAAAAAUGGACGGGAGUAAACUCCGUGCACAGUCCUCGAGAAAAAACUACCGCAAGGCGAGCACAGCAAUUUGGAUUAAAAGGCUACUUCUUGGACCCUUGGGGAUUUGUGGAAAAAAUUUAUUGAAAACUAAACUAUGACGCGAAGUGAAUCAGAUGAAUCAGACAAUAAAGUAUACUACAUCUGACUCGAUUGGACCACACAGCCUGAGCAGGUCUGAUCAGGAAAAACAACUCGAUUGAUGUUGACUUCAGGACAGAGAGCAAACACUUUCUGCUGAACACUGAGAGAUCUUUCAUGGAGAUUGUAAAGAGUGCCAGAUUACUUGGUGUUCAUCUGGCAGAGACCUUCACCUGGUCACUCAACCAGGAGCUCUAUCAGUUUAGAAAGCCUAGCAAUGCCUUGAUUUCCUAAGAAGGCUAAGGAAAGCGCAUCUCCCUCCCCCCAUCCUGACUAUGAUUUACAGAGGGACCAUAAAGAGCAUCUUGAGCAGCUGCAUAACUGGGAACUGCACCUUCUUGGAUUACAACAGCCUGUAUUGGAUAGUGAGGGCAGCUGAGAAGAUCAUUAUAGUCUCUCCUCCCUCCAACACGGACAUUCACACCACACGCUGCAUCCGCAAAGCCAACAGCAUUGUGGAUGACCUCACACACUCUUCACUUUCCUGCAAUCUGGAAAAAAGAAUACAGGAACAGGACAAACACCAGAUACAGCCAUGCUGAAGACAUUGCUGAUUUGGGCCGUGUUUGCUGCAAGUCUUCCUCCUCCAUCCACUCAGAGCUGCUUCAAUGGCAGUGAGUCUCAGUGUCGUGAUGUGGACUUCACUCCAGGAUCUGACCUGGCAGGAGAAGGCUUUGACAUAACCACCAUGGAACGGAAAGGGGCCUUCGUUCUCGACAUGAGCACUUGGCUCAAGAAGGACAAGUCCUGCACUCUGUGUAAAAAUCCCUACAUGGAAGGUCAAACACAGAAGCUCCCAGUUUCUGUGGUGGACUGGAGACCGACUCAGAAGUGCAAAAUGAAGUUGUCUAGCUCCGUCUACCAGUCUAGUGAGGCCCUGGUCAGCUCCAGCUCCUCCUCUAUUGAGAACAACUGGAAGACAGAACUGCAGAUAUUGACUCCAAAAGUCCAGGGAUCACUGAUGCUGGCAGGCAGUAACUCCAAGCUGGCUGAAUAUUCAAUGGAGAAAACCAAAAAAGACAAGUUCAGCUUCACCAGCCAUGCUGUUUCAUGUGGAUAUUACAGAUACAGAGUUUCGAACAGUCCACUCCUGCACCCAGAGCUAGUCAAAGAAUUUGGAAGUCUCCCUGAGGUCUAUGAUGAGUCUUCAAAACACCUCUAUUACAAGCUGAUUGACAAGUUUGGUACUCAUUAUAUCACUAAGGUGACUCUUGGAGGAGAGGUUCGCUCUGUGACCAGCAUUAAGGAGUGUGAGGCAUCCCUACAGGGUCUGAGUAUGGACGAGGUGAAGAUGUGUCUUGAUAUGGAGGCUUCUGUCAGCCAAGGACCAGUUGCAAACCAGAAGGCUGAGGCUCACCACUGCAAGCAGUAUAGGGACAAGUCUUUGAGUAAAAAGAGCUUUGCUAGCAGCUUCAGUGACAGGGAUACAAAUGUGAUCGGUGGCUACACUCAGAGUGUUGACCUCCUUUUCUCAUCAAAUAAUGACCCAAAUGCCUAUAAGGAGUGGGUUGCAUCUCUUCCUGCUCACCCUGAUAUCAUUUUCUACUCGCUCGAGUCCAUUCACAAUUUGCUGCCAGCGAAGACACAUGCACGAGCACAUUUGCGCAAUGCCAUCAAGGACUACAUCCUCCAGAGGGGCCUGCUGAAAAACUGCACAAACCCAUGUAAGAUUGGUGUGAAGACCAACUCUAAGGAGCCGUGCAAGUGCAGCUGCAUAAACAACCCCCAGUUGUCCAUAAACUGCUGCCCUGCUCAGAAAGGAUCUGCUGAAGUCGCAGUUACUGUGAUAAAAGCCACCGGUUUAUAUGGAGAUUUUUGGGAUGCGACAGAUGGAUUCGUCAAGCUGAGCCUCAAUAAUAGAUUCAGAGACAAGACGGGCACAAUACUGGAUAACGACUAUCCUGAAUGGAACACUGAUUUCCAUCUUGGAACUGAGGACCUUACUAGCUCUAUCACCCUGACGCUGGAGGUGUUUGAUGAGGACAGAAGUUCAGAAGAGCUGCUUGGGGCAUGUAAUCUUCACCUGAAAUCUGGUGUGGUCAAAGAAGUCUGUGCACUCAAUCAUGGACUGCUGUAUUAUAAAGUGCAGGUGACGUGCAUUCCCGGUUUGACUGGUCCUUCGUGCUCGAAACACAUUCCCUCUCCCAUGGAUUCACAGCUGGAGAAAGUGUACGUCUCCCGCAACGCUCACCCGAUUCCCACAGGCAUGUUGUUGAAGAUGGGAGUGCUCCUCGAUAAACGUAUUCCCCGCUUCAACCAGAGCCACAUCCGCAAAGAUACAGGCUUUGAGUUGUAGACCAGGUCUUUUUAAAAGCGUUUUUAUUUUCAGGCCGGUAAUUAUAAUGCUUAAAGUAGUAGUAGGUGCAACUAAUAAUGUCACAUUACUAACAAAUAUUUCUUGAUCAUCUGUAUUGUCAUUUGCUUUCUCUCACAAAAAAACAUAGUGUUUGUGUAACUUGUGUAAUUUCUCAAUAACAUUCACAGCAACAAUUAGAAUGUUUAAAUUGAAUAUUUGCACUUAAUAUAUGUAUGUUAUUAUUAUCUACGUUUCCUGCUCAUAUAUGCUCCACAUGUCUUGUUAAAAGCCUAAUAAAAGUAUCAUGGAGCAAAUGAUUCUUGAAAUAAUGCUGUAUUGUGGAAAAAUAAACAUAUUGUAUUGUCCAGUAAGUUUAGGGAUUACAUUUGCAAGUUUUAAAUAAACCAUAAAACUUACAGAAUGUGGGAGGAGCUACAUGUGCACUUGAUUUUGAGUUAGAAGGUGUGUCCAUCAGGGCAGAACAACAUACUGGUAAUUACUUUUUCUAUUUGAUUCAAAAUAAAGCAUUGAUUAAGAUAAUUCAUAUGUGUUUUGUUCUACAAACAGACACAAAAGACUUUGCAAGCACUAUACAUCUGAGGUGAGGCCCUGGC